AUGAUCUUUAGGGAGUAAUUUUCUCGAUGGCUAAUCGAAUUUUUCGAGAAUAGAUCCAAAGAAGCUCGUGCUUUGGUGCAACUAGACAGCUCUCAUCCCACGUUUUGAUUUCUUAGGUUCCCUGUAAAGACUAACGGGAGAGGACACAGAUGGAUUACCGACCUUCUGAUAGUAGUGGUACAGAUGAUGAUCUGCCUCCAUCUCAUCAAGGUAGAUAUCAACGAAGUGCCAGACCUGCUGGCAAUGGAAGGCCUUCAGUUCUCAAUUCUGCUCCUUUAUCACGGGUGCACAAUGACAUGGAAACUCAAAUUCAUCUCAUUGAGCAAGAAGCGUAUAGCUCGAUACUCCGCGCAUUUAAAGCCCAGUCCGAUGCUAUUACCUGGGAGAAAGAAAGUUUGAUCACUGAACUCAGAAAAGAACUUCGGGUGUCUGAUGAGGAACACAGAGAGCUGUUAUCAAGGGUUAACGCUGAUGAAAUGAUCAGGCGAAUAAGGGAAUGGAGAAAGGCAAACAGCCUUCAGUCCAGUGUUCCUCAGCUGGUUCAUGAUGCUCCGAGUCCGGCUGUAUCAGGAUCACGUAAGAAGCAAAAGACAUCACAGUCAAUCGCCUCAUUAGCGAUGGGCCCACCAUCUCCUUCUUUGCACCCUUCGAUGCAACCAUCGUCAUCUGCACUAAGAAGGGGAGGUCCUCCACCAGGUCCAAAGACCAAGAAGCCAAAGACAUCGAUGCAGUACCCACCUACAGGCAUGCCUGGAAGGCCCCAGGCUGGUGCUUUAACAAAUGAACCAGGUGAAUCGGGAUCAUAUGACCCAUUGGUUGGAAGGAAGGUAUGGACGAAGUGGCCUGACGACAACCAUUUCUAUGAAGCUGUUAUAACUGACUACAACCCUGUUGAGGGCCGGCAUGCUUUAGUGUAUGAUAUUAACUCUGCGAAUGAAACUUGGGAAUGGGUAAAUCUUAAAGAGAUAUCUCCGGGAGAUAUCAGAUGGGAAGGUGAGGAUCCUGGCGUUUCUCGUAAAGGAGGACAUCCUGGGCAAGGCCGUGGAACUUCAAAAUCCAUGGCUCGUGGUGGUCCCACUAGCAAUGCGGGUGGUAGAGGUAGGGGAAGCAUGAAGAUGCAGCAACCUAAGACACAGAAUGGCAUGGGGAAGAAAGCUUUAGGUGAAAUCGAAAUUCUCCACACUGAUACAUUGAUAAAAGAGGUAGAAAAAGUUUUUGGGUCAGUUAACCCCAACCCAGCAGAGGUAGAGAAGGCGAAGAGAGUGCUGAGAGAUCAUGAACUAGCUCUUAUGGAGGCAAUUGCAAAGCUUGAAGAAAUAUCAGACGGAGAAAGCGGUAAUAUUUGAUAGGGCCCUUCCAAAAUCUCCUCAGAUGAUGGAGCCGGAGCAUUAGACUUGCUAAAAGGUGUUGUAGAUGGUGGUGGCAAAAUGUGAAUUGAUGAGGGAGAUUUGGAAACUUGUAUGGAUGGCAAAAUGUAUUUUGUUUAGGAGGGGGAUUUGAUGACAUUUGUGUACCACAUAACUCCAAAAACUGGAUUUGGAUAUUAGGGUCUUAAGCAUUGUAAAAUCCAUAAGACUUGAUAUAAAUGUAGAAUGUUGCA